AUGGAUAAAGCGACACCCCCAGCGAUGACUUUCAGUCUCCUGGGAUCUUCCCGCCCCAUUCUUGCACCGAGAGUAGGAAAACUAGCCAUCCCAGGCCGCAAGACAAUCGCGACACCGCACCACGUCCCACUCACUUCGCGGGGCACCGUGCCACAUGUUGCGCACGAUGUGAUGCGCGACCAUACCGCGAUUAACAGUCUCUACGCUGGACUGGAAGACUUCAUUGAGAAGAAGAGUCCUGCUGUAUAUAAAAUGCCCGCUGCGGCACACGAGUCACCAUUGAAGAAGUUCACCUGUGUGGCCGAGGAUAUGCCUUUGAUUCUUGGACCCCGGCGAUUCCCAUCAAUCACACCCCCAACUGCAAAUACCUCGAACUCCGUCGCACUCCUGACUUCCGUCGGGUUCAAGCAACUACACUCGAACGAGUAUGUUGAGGCAGUACAUAAGCUGAGACCAGAUAUUGCAGUUGGAAUGGCAGACCUGGCCAAUAAAGAGCCCGGAAAUAGGAGACGGGCAAGAAUGGUCGACCGAACACAUGCCUGGACUCAAGAGGCAUUGGAGAAAUUAUACGGCCAGUCCGUGGCGGAAGAUGCCAAGUCCAAGACCGCGUUCUUUGCACCGAUCCUACCACUCGAGAAUACGCAGCAGUCGCUUUACUUGGAAGAUUUAGAAAGCGAGUUACGGUGCGAUAUUUCCGGCCUGGCACUAUAUCAAUCUGCUUCAUUGGAAUUCGUCCCAGAAUCUUUGGCGAGCCUACCUCGACUGCUUUUCAGCGACCCUGAAACUCCUCACCAUAUUCUGCGAGAAGUGUCACUUGGAGCAGACCUUCUUACUACGCCUCUUUUGGGCCAGUCGUCGGAGGCCGGAAUCGCCCUGAGCUUUAGUUUCCCGGCUCCGUCUGGUCUGAAGGAUGGUAGCUCCGAAGUGCUGGCCUUCGGAGAUGAUAUGUGGGGCUUGGAUUAUACCACAGACACAUCAUCGCUGGGCGAGGGAUGCGAGUGCUAUGCUUGCAGGAAUUAUCACCGUGCAUAUGUGCAUCAUUUGCUUACUGCUAAAGAGAUGACCGCGUGGGCGCUCCUUCAAAUCCACAAUCUCCACGUCAUGGAUCUCUUCUUCGCUGGAAUCCGAGAGAGUAUUCAGCGUGGUACAUUCGAAGAUGACGUUCUCGCAUUUAACCGUGUUUAUGCCUCCUCAAUGCCAAAGAGCAGUGGCCAAGGCCCCAGAUUGCGCGGAUACCAACUCCCAGCCAACGGGCCUGGCCAAUUCCGCCGCGUGCCCAAGGCUUGGGGCCAACUCAAUCAAGCAAUGGACAAGUAUACCGAAUCGCAGAUUGCGACUCCAGAUACAGAUGCGAGCGGACUGGAAGAGCACGGGUUCGCCGAGAAGGCAUGA